AGACACUUUUCGAUUCAUUCUGUUUCAACUCUAAAUUGCAGGUCGACAAUUAACCAAGAAUAUGAAACCGCUUUUCGAAGGCAUUGUUAUUGAACCUUGCUUGCUUCACGGGGACCUCUGGAGUGGGAAUAUAAGCUCUGAUAAGAAUGGAGAACCCGUCAUAUUAGAUCCAGCAUGUUACUAUGGGCACAAUGAAGCUGAAUUUGGAAUGUCAUGGUGUGCUGGAUUUAGUGGAUCAUUUUACAAUUCCUACUUUCAGGUGAUGCCAAAACAGCCUGGUUUUGAAAAUAGGAGGGACAUCUACAUGCUCUAUCAUUAUCUGAAUCACUACAAUCUUUUUGGCUAUGGCUACAGGUCGUCAGCUAUGUCUAUAAUUGACAAUUAUCUUAGGAUUUUGAAAGCUUGAUUUGUUUCAGUUUGUUUUCCUUUUCAUGUAAGCGAGAUUAAGACUUCGUUUGGGAUGACUUUCUUUCUGCUUCUUAAAGCAGCUUUUUAGUAUAAAAUUUUUAAUUUUUAUACUAGAAAGCUGCUUUAUGAAGCAGUAAUAAAGCCGUCCCAAACGAAACCUAAGUAUAGACUACGGGUGUAGUGUGUCUUCUUGUCUAAAAUAUUGUCCAUGACCAUUCUCAUCUAUAUCAAUUUAUUUGCUGCAUGAAAACUUGGUAAAUUUGAAGGA